UACCGAGUAUCUGCCAGCGAUUUCAAGCGGCCUUUUGCCAGCAUAGGAGUUAAGCAGAUCUCAAGACCACAGAAAUACGUCCAUAAUAGCAUAAGGACCAGCGGACAUUUUGAGAGGAGUUAGUGGGCCAGAGAGGGCAGAAAGGUCCUAGGCACAGUCGAUGUUACAAUCUCAGAGGUGAGAUGUGAACGGGGCCCAGGCCAAGCAGUUUGUUCCCAUUCCAUUGAUCUGACAUAACCCCAACGGAGGCAGUGUCCCACAUCUGGGUAGGGGUCCCGGGUCUCCACAGCCAGAGAUCAAAGGGGUUUUCCGGCAGGCGAGAAAUUCCCACGCGGGAUGUAGGCUUAAAUUCAGAAAUCUCCGCCCCAAAACUGGCAUUACGAGUUGGGAGGCCCCGCUUUUCCUCCAUUUUACCAAAUCAGGUAGCCGAAAGGUAAACGAGGCUUCAAGUUGGGCGGCGGGCAGCGAACUUCACAGAAUCUCGAAGCUCCACUGAUCCGCCGCCCAGCCCAGUCGCCCGAUCCCCGUGACUUCCGCUUUCGGUCUCAAUUUCUCUCCCAGAGGAGAGUGGCUUAAAGUGUAAAGGCCGCGGGGCGUCGCCGGAAAUGUCGUAAACGCCGGAUAUCCGGUUCUUCUGGGCGCUAAGGGAGUUGACGGAGAGGGCCGCCGCCCAGCAGUAGACGCUGCCUCAGCCUGCCGAGUGGCAGUUCCCGCGGUGUGUGAGUGAGCCCGGGCCCGUGUCCCCUCUCCCGCCGCCGCCAUGGGCUGCACGUUGAGCGCCGAAGACAAGGCGGCAGUGGAGCGAAGCAAGAUGAUCGACCGCAACUUACGGGAGGACGGGGAGAAAGCGGCCAAAGAAGUGAAGCUGCUGCUACUCGGUGCUGGAGAAUCUGGUAAAAGCACCAUUGUGAAACAGAUGAAAAUCAUUCAUGAGGAUGGCUAUUCAGAGGAUGAAUGUAAACAAUAUAAAGUAGUUGUCUACAGCAAUACUAUACAGUCCAUCAUUGCAAUCAUCAGAGCCAUGGGACGGCUAAAGAUUGACUUUGGGGAAGCUGCCAGGGCAGAUGAUGCCCGGCAGUUAUUUGUUUUAGCUGGCAGUGCUGAAGAAGGAGUCAUGACUCCAGAACUAGCAGGAGUGAUUAAACGGUUAUGGCGAGAUGGCGGGGUACAAGCUUGCUUCAGCAGAUCCAGGGAGUAUCAGCUCAAUGAUUCUGCUUCAUAUUACCUAAAUGAUCUGGAUAGAAUAUCUCAAUCUAACUACAUUCCAACUCAGCAAGAUGUUCUUCGGACAAGAGUGAAGACCACAGGCAUUGUAGAAACGCAUUUCACCUUCAAAGACCUAUACUUCAAGAUGUUUGACGUAGGUGGCCAAAGAUCAGAACGAAAAAAGUGGAUUCACUGUUUUGAGGGAGUGACAGCAAUUAUCUUCUGUGUGGCCCUCAGUGAUUAUGACCUUGUUCUGGCUGAGGAUGAGGAGAUGAACCGAAUGCAUGAAAGCAUGAAACUGUUUGACAGCAUUUGUAAUAACAAAUGGUUUACAGACACUUCAAUCAUUCUCUUCCUUAACAAGAAAGACCUUUUUGAGGAAAAAAUAAAGAAGAGUCCAUUAACUAUCUGUUACCCAGAAUACACAGGUUCCAACACAUAUGAAGAGGCAGCUGCCUAUAUUCAAUGCCAGUUUGAAGAUCUGAACAGAAGAAAAGAUACCAAGGAGAUCUAUACUCACUUCACCUGUGCCACAGACACGAAGAAUGUGCAGUUUGUUUUUGAUGCUGUUACAGAUGUCAUCAUUAAAAACAACUUAAAGGAAUGUGGACUUUAUUGACAAGCAUGGAUGUUAGUGAAAGUUACUGCAGUGUGGAGUGUUGAGACCAGACACCUUUUGCUGUCUCGUGAGGCAGCUACAAGCAUGAACGGGACCAGGGAAUGGCAGCAGCAUGCAGAAUCUUAGCACUCUUUAGCACAAUCUGUAUUAGGGAACUUUUAAUUGACAUGAGAUGCUAAAGUCAGAUAUUGGAAUUGGAAGAACUAUAAAGUGUGAUUCGAUCAUGAAGACAUCACUUGGAUUUCUUAAUCUCAAAUGCUUAUGGCAGAUGUGAAGUUGAGGUGCUGCAUUCUGGAACUUAAAAUAUGUAGCUUACUCUUUUUUUUCCCCUUCUUAACAAACCACCAGUGGUUCAUUUUUAAGGUUUUUUCGUCAAGAGAAGAAUAACUUUACUAAAUUUUAUUUCUUUACUUGCAAAAGAAUCUUUAUUAAAACACAGUCUUAACUAUGCACAUGAUGUGACAGAUCAUCUUGAAAAUAUUCCUCUUUAGUAGGAACUCUUGGUUUUUAACUCUUGGUAUGGUCAGAAUAUAAUACUUCCAUAAUUACUUAUAAUUCUUUCCAGUUACUGGGGAUAUAAAUACAACUUUUUUGAUGAAGUUUAUGUUAUUAUCCUGCUCAGAGUACCAUUAUGGUUUCCAAAUGGUAAUUACAUUCGAAAGUUCUGCAAUAAGAUUCUCAUUCUCUCUUUUCUUUAAGCUUAUGGUUGAAGGUUAACCUUGUUUAUGCAGAUUACCAAAUUACUGCUGAUGUGGUAUAAUGAAGUCUUCUUCUUGCAUACAGACAUACCCAGGGCAGCUGCCAAUCAGAAAUGCAAAUUACUAAAUUUCAGACAGAACCAGUGACUUUGCUGCUAGAUAUUUACGAAAUUGACCACUUUGAUUCUUGCUUGUUUGUCUCAGUUAUGGGGAGUUUUGUACAGGUGCCUCUUGUUUUCCAUCUUCAUGGCCUUUUCUGUUGAGAGACAUCUAAAGUGUAUUAACAGUGCAUGCUUUUACUUUGUAAAUGUGGUGCCAAAUCCUUGUUUGCCAUCAUUUUUACUGUAGCAAUGUUAACUGUAGUAUUCCUUAGUCAGUAUGUUCUUUUGCUGAAACUGUUGCAUUUUGGGACUUUUUUCCACUUUGUCAUGUGUACAUUUUUAAUCUGUUAUAGUUGGCGGCAAUAUUAAAAUGGUGAGUAAAGAGUCCAGGUUUGCUCCUGUUUGUAACUA